AUGCUCCUUUUGGAGACACAUCGCGCUGAAAAACACCUCAAUGUGAUUGACCUCGAAGACCCUGACGUGUCCGACAUCACUUUACCAACUAUGUUCUUAAAGAACGUGAUCUCCCCAGGUGCCCUCCCAUUACUAGAGAUUGCCCAUCUCGAUCUGCGACUCAACGAUCAGAGUCCUGUGGAUGACCUGACCCGUGCCAUUCUGGAAGCCCCGCGUCUCGACACGCUAAAAUGGGCGAUUCUCGACACCUCGAAUACCUCCGCUGUCAUGUCUGUCUUCUCCAAGUUGCGGUCGGUGACCCUAACGAUGUUCUUCGCUGCUGAACUAGAACUUGGAGCGCUUUCCAGGAUGAAAAGGCUCGAAGAAUUGCAGGUGCUUGAUGUGUGCAAUCGCAUUGCAUGGUCUCCCUCGCCUGUGUUGAACACGCCUAGUAUCUUCCUUCCCGAAUUACGAACACUUUCCCUCGAUAUGUUCGAAUGGUCGCUGCUCGUCGUCCAUGCUAUUGUCCCCCCAAAAUUGCGACACCUCACCAUCACAAAUACAUCAAAUAUCUUCCCUGCAACUAUUCAGAUGCUCAGUCGUUCCUCUGCGAGCCUCGAAGUGCUAAAACUUCAAUCUCUUCGGAAUGGGGAAGAGGAAGGCGUUGUCCAAUUCCUGAACUCGCCUAUCCUUUCAAACCUGAAGGAGUUGAGGAUCCACGGCGAUCUCUCCGGUGGUCUCAUUCAAGCUCUUUGUCCACACCUCGAUGAGAUACCGCUACCCCGUCUCGAGAGUUUGGAUCUAGAUGCAUUCGGUGCUAUCGUGGAUGGUGUUGUGUCGACAACGGUGGCGAGCCGGUUUCGGUCAAAGUCCGAGGGAUGGAGCUGCCUUCGUCAGGCAAAAAUACAACUGAAGGGGAAAGAUGAUCAGUAUAUCAAGGAUGCCUCGACGCUUAAAUCCUUGACUGUGGAGGGUUUCGACGUCCCAUUCCGUUGUGAACUACCGCCAUUUAUUUCACCCGGGGAUGGUAUAAAUGGCAUGCUUCAUAUUGAGUGCCCUCCAGAAUCCGACAUUCAGACCUACUUAGAGCAGAGCAUGGCCGGCAAACUGAACAUUUUCUUUACUGGUGCCACAGGUUACAUUGGAGGUAGUAUCCUCUCCCGUCUCCUCCAACACAAGGACGCCGCUUCAUUUCACAUCACCGCGCUCGUGCGCUCCAGCAACAAAGCGGAAAAGUUCAAGACUCUUGGUGUCGAUACCGUCAUCGGAUCAUACGCUGACGAGGAUUUGCCCAUCUUAACGCAAGCCGCUUCUAAAGCCGAUGUGGUUUUCACCGCGGUUGACGCAGAUUCUCUACCUCCUGUCCGAGCUAUCCUCGAUGGACUCAAGCUAAAGUACGAGGCGUCUGGCAGGGCCCCGAUCUUGAUCCAUACCUCCGGCACAGGCCUCCUUCUGAACCUAAAUGAAGCUCGAGGUCUUCACAGCGAGCACAUUCAUUAUAGUGAUCUCGAGACGGAGAAGCUGGAUGCACUUCCCGCAACUGCCUUGCACCGCAAUGUAGACAUUCCCAUCUUCGAAGCUGAUAAAGCUGGCUACGUCAAAGCAUACAUUAUCGCUCCAACCAUUGUCUUCGGGAAUCCCAAAGGGCCGCUCGUCGAUCUGGGAAUCCAAAGUGUCCAUUCGAUAGUGACAAGAUUUAUCGUCGAGGCCGCUAUUGCCCGCAAGCAAGGAGGCUACGUCGGCAAAGGAGUGAAUAAAUGGGCGGCAGUCGACGUGGAAGACAACGCUGAUCUAUACCUCGUCUUAUUCGACGCUAUUCGAACCCGUCCGGACGAAGUCCCCCGUGGCUACUAUUUCUCGGAGAAUCUAGAGUUUGCCUUCAUCGAGGAAGCCACUGCGAUCUCGGAGGCCCUAGUCGAACUUGGCGUCGGCAACUCUCGCGAGCCCAGUGCCUUCACCGUCGAGGAAGAGAAAAACUUUGGGCCGGUCUUGCCUUAUAUCGCCACCAAUUGCUACGCCAAAGGAGACCGUGGCCGGGCAUUGGGUUGGAAACCACAGUUCGGCAAAGAGGCAUAUCUAGCGUAUGUUAAGUCGCAAGUGAAGGUAUAUCUGCAUGAACAAUAG